UUUCUGUUCCAAUAUCACUAUAAAUGCCUGCUUCGUCUAACAUGCUCUUUUUUUCCCUUUCCUCUCUUUUCUCUCUCCUUUCCCGUCGCCGGCCAUUCGCCACCAUUUCCCGGUAACUAUCCCGGCGUCGUCCACCGUUGAUCUUGCCGGAAUCUUAUCUCUCCCAACAAACUUUUGAUAAUAGGUUUCCUAUAAUAUUGGGGAGGCUUUGUUUUUGGUUUGAGGGUAUUUGAAUUAUGGAAGGAGUUGGGCUGCGGAAAGUGAGCUCUCAUUGCUCGAUCUCUGAGAUGGAUGAUUACGACCUCUCUAGGCUUCUUGAUAGGCCACGGAUUAAUAUAGAGAGGCAGAGAUCCUUUGAUGAGAGAUCAUUAGGUGAGUUAUCUUUAAAUAAAGGGAGUGUAGAGAAUUUUGAGCACAUCUACUCUCCAGGGGCAAGGUCAGGUUUUGAUACCCCUGCUUCGUCAACUAGGAACUCUUUUGAGCCCCAUCCUAUGGUUGCCGAAGCUUGGGAAGCUCUUCGACGAUCUUUGGUGUACUUUAGAGGGCAGCCUGUGGGAACCAUUGCUGCUUAUGACCAUGCUUCAGAGGAAGUUCUAAAUUAUGAUCAGGUUUUUGUACGGGAUUUCGUACCUAGUGCAUUGGCUUUCCUCAUGAAUGGAGAACCGGAUAUAGUUAAAAACUUCCUGUUAAAGACACUCCAACUUCAGGCUUGGGAAAAGAGAGUUGACCGGUUUAAGCUAGGGGAAGGGGCUAUGCCAGCCAGUUUUAAGGUGCUUCAUGAUCCUGUCCGAAAAACUGAUACUAUUGUUGCGGACUUUGGUGAGAGUGCCAUUGGAAGAGUAGCUCCUGUCGACUCUGGUUUCUGGUGGAUCAUUCUACUUCGUGCAUAUACAAAGUCUACUGGAGAUAUGUCCUUGGCAGAGUCACCAGAAUGCCAGAAGGGGAUGAGACUUAUUAUGACUUUGUGCUUGUCGGAGGGGUUCGACACAUUUCCCACACUACUUUGUGCCGAUGGGUGCUCAAUGAUUGAUAGGAGAAUGGGAAUUUAUGGCUAUCCUAUUGAAAUUCAAGCGCUCUUCUUCAUGUCCCUGAGAUGUGCUUUGUCAAUGCUUAAACCUGAUGCGGAAGGGAAGGAGUUUAUUGAAAGAAUAGUAAAGCGAUUGCAUGCAUUGAGUUUUCACAUGAGAAACUAUUUUUGGCUUGAUUUCCGUCAACUAAAUGAUAUCUACCGUUACAAAACAGAGGAAUACUCUCAUACAGCUGUAAAUAAAUUCAACGUCAUUCCCGAUUCAAUUCCUGACUGGGUUUUUGAUUUCAUGCCUACACGCGGUGGUUACUUUAUUGGAAAUGUCAGCCCUGCAAGGAUGGAUUUCCGAUGGUUUGCUUUGGGAAAUUGUGUAGCCAUCCUUUGUUCUCUUGCAACUCCUGAGCAAUCUAUGGCUAUUAUGGAUCUCAUUGAAGCUCGCUGGGAAGAGUUGGUGGGAGAAAUGCCACUAAAAAUCUCGUAUCCUGCCAUUGAAAGUCAUGAAUGGCGGAUUGUCACUGGAUGUGACCCCAAGAAUACCAGAUGGAGCUACCACAAUGGAGGAUCCUGGCCAGUUCUUUUGUGGUUGUUAACAGCAGCAUGCAUCAAGACUGGUCGGCCACAGAUUGCAAGACGAGCCAUUGAUUUGGCAGAAACCCGUUUACUCAAAGACGGAUGGCCAGAAUACUACGAUGGAAAACUCGGAAGAUAUAUUGGAAAACAAGCUCGCAGGUUCCAAACGUGGUCAAUUGCUGGAUAUCUCGUGGCAAAGAUGAUGCUUGAAGAUCCUUCUCACUUAGGUAUGGUCUCUUUGGAGGAAGAUAAGCUAAUGAAACCGCUGAUUAAGCGAUCAUCAUCGUGGACGUGCUGAACCCCAAAAAUAUUAGGGAAUAGAAUUGAAAGAAAAAUUCAAGGCUUAGAGAUGAUGCUAAGUAAUUGUGUCAAUUCUAGCAAUGUUCAUUCUUUGGCAAUUUUCUUGCCACUCUUAAGACUGAUGGCAAAGUCUAGGUUGUGUACAAUAGUGCCUGCUUGUUUCUUGUUUCACAAAGGACUGCUUCUUUUCAUGUUUGUCACCAUUGCAAACAUUUUUCCUCUAAAUACCAUAAGUGAAUGGUUCCUUUCGCCA